AAAUCUAUCAAAAAAAAUCCCUACUCAGUCGGCUUCUGAAAUUUUCAUGAAAAUUUUAUGAAUUAAAUUGAAUUUUCUUAGGAUAAAGCUACAUUAAUUAAAUUAGUUUACUUUCUGAUCAACUUACAUUUGAAACCGUGGAAACAAUAAACUACAAAUAUGCAGAAAUAUGAAAAACUGGAGAAAAUUGGAGAAGGAACGUAUGGUACUGUUUUCAAAGCCAAAAAUAAGGAAACUCAUGAGAUAGUUGCCCUAAAACGUGUGAGGCUAGACGACGACGAUGAGGGAGUUCCAUCUUCUGCUUUGCGAGAGAUAUGUUUAUUAAAAGAACUUAAACAUAAGAAUAUCGUGAGGCUUUACGACGUGCUGCAUAGUGAGAAAAAGCUAACUUUAGUGUUUGAGCAUUGUGACCAGGAUUUGAAGAAAUACUUUGAUAGUCUGAAUGGCGAAAUUGACUUGGAUGUAGUGAAAUCCUUUAUGUACCAGCUGCUGCGUGGACUAGCUUUUUGUCACAGUCACAAUGUCCUACACAGAGAUUUAAAACCUCAGAAUUUGUUGAUUAACAAAAAUGGGGAGCUUAAAUUAGCUGAUUUCGGUCUGGCUAGAGCUUUUGGUAUUCCUGUGAAGUGUUAUUCAGCAGAAGUUGUGACUCUGUGGUACAGGCCUCCAGAUGUGCUGUUUGGAGCCAAGCUGUAUACUACUAGCAUUGACAUGUGGUCCGCUGGCUGUAUCUUUGCAGAGCUGGCUAAUUCUGGUCGCCCACUGUUUCCUGGCUCUGAUGUAGAUGACCAACUAAAGAGGAUUUUCAAACUUCUUGGGACUCCCAAUGAAGAUACUUGGCCUGGAGUGACCCAACUGCCUGACUACAAGCCGCUGCCUGUAUACCAGCCAAGUCUGGGCCUGGCUCAGGUCGUGCCUCGCCUCCCUGCCCGCGGCCGUGACCUCCUGGCCCGCCUGCUUACAUGCAACCCAGCCCUGCGCAUGCCAGCUGACGAUGCCAUGGCGCACGCAUACUUCCAUGACCUCAAUCCAACUGUGAAGAAUGAUAGAUGUUAACAUUCAAUUCCUCAUUACAAGUGUACUUCAGAAUUAUUGCCUCAUGCCAAUGAAAAUAAUGAUGAUGAAGUACAAGAAAAUUGUGAUGAAGAUUAAAAAGACUUAAUAAAAACAAUCACCUAAAGUGUGUUUAUAGUGAUACGGAAAUAAAGUAGUGUUUAGUGAUUUGUGUCCAGUUUAUAAGUCAAUUUGUAAAUAAUUUUACACAUUUCAUGUAUAUUGAGUGAGUGUUGUGUUCAAAUGAUCUCAUUUACUAAAUACAAUUUGUAUAUUAAUAAGUAAGGGUUAUUUAAGUAACAAUAU